UUGUGAAUUAGUGAUAGUGUAUUGUGAUAGUACCCUAAUAUCCACAACAAUAACGUGCAAAAAAUUAUUCCUUUCACAUGCGAGUUUUUUCCUGAAUUUUUCCUCAACCGUGCCACAUUAUUCAGCGUCAUUUUAAUCCAAGGGUAGGAUUUGUAUCAAUUUUAUCAUGGAUGAAGAAUCAGAGAGCACAAGUGGAGGACCCAUGUCAACUCUGAAUUCUUUGUUCUCGUUUACAAGUCCUGCUGUAAAGAAAUUAUUGGGUUGGAAACAAGGAGACGAAGAAGAAAAAUGGGCAGAAAAAGCUGUUGAUUCUCUUGUGAAAAAGUUAAAGAAGAGUAAAGGUGCAAUUGAGGCUCUAGAGAAAGCAUUAAGCUGUCCUGGCGAGCCAAGCAAAUGCGUAACUAUUCCUCGAAGCUUAGAUGGAAGGCUUCAGGUCUCUCAUCGUAAGGGAUUGCCUCAUGUUAUUUACUGUCGCGUCUGGCGGUGGCCUGAUUUGCAAUCUCAUCAUGAGCUAAAACCUCUUGAACAUUGUCAGUACCCAUUUUCAGCUAAGCAAAAGGAAGUGUGCAUCAAUCCGUAUCAUUAUAAACGUGUUGAAAGUCCAGUUCUGCCUCCAGUGCUUGUACCAAGACAUAGUGAAUUUGCACCUGGACAUUCAUUGCUUCCGUAUCAACAGUUAUCUGAGCCAAGCAUGCCGCACAAUGUUUGCUAUUCUGCUGCUGGAUUCAGUCAACCUACCUCACCAGUAAGCUCGGCCAACUCAAAUCCCCACAGUCCAUACCAAUCCAGUAGUCUUGCCGAAACACCUCCUCCUGCAUAUAGUGCACCAGAUGAUCCAAAACACAAUGCGGGUCGCUCACCACAAUCAGAUCAUGAACAAGAAAAUAUGGAUACUGGAAACAAUAUGACUGAAGUUGCUCCGGUGGCUUACCAGGAGCAACCUUAUUGGGCAAGUAUUGCAUACUAUGAAUUGAACUGUCGUGUUGGAGAAGUGUUUCACUGUCAACCUCACUCCAUUAUUGUCGAUGGUUUCACAAAUCCUAGUAACAAUAUGAACAGGUUUUGUUUAGGACAACUUUCAAAUGUCAACAGAAAUUCCACUAUUGAAAAUACCAGACGACAUAUUGGCAAAGGAGUUCACCUUUAUUAUGUUGGUGGGGAAGUUUAUGCUGAAUGUUUGUCUGAUUCAGCAAUUUUUGUGCAAUCUCGCAAUUGUAAUCAUCAUCAUGGUUUUCAUCCUUCAACUGUUUGUAAAAUUCCUGCUGGAUGUUCUCUAAAAAUUUUCAACAAUCAAGAAUUUGCCCAACUUUUGUCGCAAUCAGUAAUUCAUGGCUUUGAAGCUGUAUAUGAGCUGACAAAAAUGUGUACCAUAAGGAUGUCAUUUGUGAAAGGCUGGGGAGCUGAAUAUCACCGACAAGAUGUGACAUCGACACCUUGUUGGAUAGAGAUUCACUUACAUGGCCCGUUACAAUGGCUGGACAAGGUUCUCACACAAAUGGGCUCACCGCACAAUCCUAUCUCAUCGGUAUCAUGAGCAGCAAUCCUCCUUUUCUUCGACUUUUUUCUUUGGUUAAAUUUUACUAAUCAAUUCGUGCCAAAUGUGAAUAGCUUGAAAUUUACUAUGCAGGUAUGUUUAGUGUGAAUGAAGCACCAACUUUGCGCCGAAAAUAUUGAAUCUAUUCUCCUUCAAUCAGGCUAUAUGGAUGAAAGAAUUUGGAUUCAUCAAUCAUCAACUAUUUUGUGAUUAUUUGAAAAAGGUCUUGCAAACAAAUGAGCUGAAUGAACUGAAUUCAUCCAUCAUUUUGUGGAUCUUUGAAAAAGGUCACGCACAUAAAAUUUUAUCGAUUUGAUGUAAACAAAGAUUUGAUUGAAAAAAAAUUACAGAACUUUUUAAUCAAUUUUUUGUUUUGAACUGAAGUGCCAAUUUUCUCUCUCUUUUGUUAUAAGUUUUAAUAAUUACAAGGUUGUGUUUGCUGCUCAGUAAAAUCCUACUUGUAGGUUCUUUUAAGUAUGAGAUUACUAGUCAAAAUACCUGUGAGCUUCUUCCUGAUUUAAAGAGAAAGAAAAUUCAUAUUAGUAAAUUUAAAAAAGGCAUGAUGCAAUAUUUUGGUUUCCUUGUUUUCUUUAUUUUUUUUUUUUUUUUUAAUUAUUAUUAUUAUUGGGGAAGAAUCAGUUAUUCUUGAUGGUCCGUUCUCUUUUUAAAAUUGUAAUAUUCGAAAAGUGUUCUUUGUGCAUCAUUUUUUACUCUCUAAAAGACAUCAGCAAGAGCUGUGGGUGCUUCAAACAUCUAAUUUCAAAGUCCAUGGGGUGCUGCAGAGCUACAAUCAUUUUUCUUGAUAGAGUUUUAUUUGUAUUUUGUUCGAGGUUUUGACCUUUAAUUAAUUUUUUUAUCUAGAACUAAUUUUUCAGUUACUGAAGUUUUAUUCGUUUUCCAGCAGCUAAGUACGGAAGAUUGGUUGUCCUUUUAUUUUCAUUGAGUGUACCUGUAAGGGGCUGUACGCAUGAAUUACGUAACGCCAUUGAGGAGAAUCUCCACUUUUAAUUCCAACAUUAAUCCCUGCAGGGUUAUUUUCAGGAAUCUACAAGACUGACAAGAAUUUUCUCAAAUUUCAUGAAAUCUUUUUUACGUAACCCAAACGUAAGUUUCCCUAUUUUAUUUCAUAAAAAGUAUCAUAGACAAAUCAAAUUAGUAAUUAAAAUUCUGUGACCAUACUUUCAGCUUUCUAAUGAGCUACAGUUUUUAACAUUUGGUGCAUGUGUUACUGAGGUAGCUAACUUUUCCCAAGCCCCUCCCCCCUCUCACUGCGAUUUUUGAUUGAUAGGUGUAGCUGUGGGUCCGAUUCUGAAGCGUAGUUGUAAUGCACUUCACAUGUAUCGUCAAUCAAUUUUAAUGCUGGUUAUGUUUAAAGAUGCUUACGUUCACUUUUCUACGUAGAACACAGAAAUACAUCAUCAGAACAGGAGAAACAUUAGACCUCUCUCCACUGCCACGAUUGAGGGGGAUUUGGGAAGGAUCGUUGGGUUGUAAUCCCUUGAUUAAAGAUCUCAUGGGAAUACCAACCCUGGUUGAAUUUCAAACAAAGAUGCAAGUGAAUUUUCCAAUCACGAUGAUUUGGGCAUUAAUCUCUCUAAUAAUCUCUUCUUAUCAGAAAAUUCACCAUGCAGGAAGGCAUGCACCUUAUCCAUAAUAGGUUUAGAUAUCGGAGACCCUUGCUCAAAAGGAGAGGGACGAGCACUUAGCUUCAAUGCACUUAUUCAGGAGUGGACUCAAUCGAACCCACGGCAACAGGAGAGGCCCUCAGAAAUAGUUGAAAAUCUCAGCAAUCCGUGGACUGAACUUAAAAAACUUUAGCUCUACUUUUUAACUAAAGCUGCAAGUAUGGCCAAUAGAAUUUUAUUCGCAGAUUUGCUUCAUCAACGAUACUUUUUGAGAAAUAAAAUAGGGAAACUUACUUCUGGACAUACCCUCUUACAAGUAAAGACAGUAUCUAAAAUGUUGGAGACUCAUUCAUCUAAUGCGAUAAGACUAUUUUUUCACAGUCAUUACUCAUAGCCAACCUAAAUACCUGAUUAUUUUAAAAUUUUUCCUGGCAUUUGAAGGGGACUAGAGCCAAUUUUGCCUAAUCUGUAGAAGGGUAUUUAGUCUACUGCUUUCAGCGCAUUUCAGAGUUUAAGCAAGUGUCAAGAAAAUUUAAAUUUUGCGUUACAUAAUUCAUGUAUGACCCUGACAGUUCUUAUAUUGUAAAUGUGGUAUAAAGUUAUAAACCAUUCUCACUCAGGUGAUUUGUUUUUCUUUAAACGCAAGUCCAUUCAGUCAAAAGUAAUCUUGACCGAAGAGUUGUGUUUGCUGGCAUGAAAUAUGCUUCUGUACCUAUUAUGCAAUAUUUUUUUGUAAAGCCUUUUACUUUCUCGUAAAGAUAGUGCUUUACUUUUUCUUUUAAAAGCUGAUCUGUUCAGAUUAUUUUCAAUCACAGUGACUUUCUAGUGUUUUAUAUUUUUUACUAUGUAAUUGUUCACAAUCUUAGUAUCACGUUUCUUUUUGAUCUCAAUUGGAUAAGAAUUGAAUUUUUUCAUCUUUUAAAGGCAUCAAGGAAGAAGAGAAUGAACAAAAUAAUUUUAAAAAAUCAUUGUUUUAAUCGCUUUUGAUGUUCAUUUUAUUUGUAAAUCUGUAAUUAUCAUUUUGAAAGAAUUGUUGCUUUGAUAAUGUUGUUUUACAAAAGCCCAACUCUGUGUUAAGUUUCAGAAGUUAUUUUAUGUACUGAUGUAAUCUUUAUUUUUUUAGUUCAUCCUGCUUCUCUGCAAAAAAUCAAUAUCAUCAAUCUGCAAAGAAAAGUCAUUACCAUUUAAAUAAAAACUAUUUCAACCUGCAAUUUUUUGCUGACUAAAUACGUCAAUUUUUAGUGGUGUUAUCCAAUAGGCUUCACUCGGAUUAGGGGUGCAGAAACUUUCCAACCAUGCAAAUGGCCCGGUCAUGUGAAAUGGGGUUAACCUGUGGUAAUGGGAUAAAAUUGGGGAAGGUUGUUGCAUUUUCUUAAAUUUUUGUUUGACAAUGUUUUUGAGUUGAAAUUUUUUUGUCUAGUUUUUAGGGGAAAGUAUUUGGAAAUUUGGGUAAAAAUGAGGAAAGCCAAUUCUACGUAGGAGAAAGCUUGGAACUUUCUGCAUCCUUGAUUGGAAUCGAUUUGUCCAGAAUAUUUCAGGGUGAGAUUUUGCAUGAUUAUGAAGUUUCUUUGAUUUUCUUUCAUGCUUGGUCAUUUAAGAAACAACCCUGUCAAAAAGAGUUGUUCAAAGCAUCAAUUUCGGCCUGUCCAUGGGGCCUUCCUGAGAUAUGUUACAUUUUUAACUAUACCAGUUGCAAUAAAACAUUGAUCAGAA